CCCCCAGUACCCACCACGGGCGGCUACACUAGAAAGAAGUCGGUCUCCAGCCCCGGACAGGUCCCAUUUCUCGACUACCGGCCAAGACCAAGAGACCAUUCACGCUCCCCGAACUCAAGGUUGAUCCUUAUCGAGCGACGCGCCAGGCGCCAAAAUUAGCGCAGCCGACAACCUGCUCCAAGACAUACACGCAGUUUCCCUUUCCGGAAGCCCAGCUCCUCGCAUUCUGCACAGGUUUUCUCCUUGCCUCGCGCGAACAUAUGCGCCGCGCCUCGUGUUCAAGCUUCGGCUGAGUGUACACCUGCUUGACGGCAUCGAACCCCCCCACGAUGUCGCUUACGCCCAGGCAUCAGUAACCACCCCCCCGACGACCUGUGACAUCAUGUCAUCUGCAUAGCUGUUCCUAAAUCACGGAUGGCUGUAGAUAUGCAGGUACCAUACCUGAACUCGGGCUGCGGCGAGCCUCGCCCAUGUGCUAAGCGACCGACCAGGCCGGCAUGCCUUGCUUGAGGAACUUGUGACCGUCUUAGCUCAGCCGUGCUGCAACCUCGAGACUCAGACCCCAAACCGUGAGCUGAACGGUAGUAGCAACGUCGAAUCUCGUGUUCCAAAAUAACGGGCGACAACGGAUGGCCCCGAGAAGGCAACAAGUGCUGUGCCUCAAUCGUCCACGGCCGUAAGGUGAUGUACCGUUUCUUCGCCAUUCGAAUCAGUUGACAACCCCGAGUUCGAGCGGAGGUGACCUGGAAUGACACUGUCAUGAUCGAACAUGGUGGAGAUAGCAACGGGUGUUGCCUAAUCUCUUGCCAAGAUGAUAGUCACUACAGCUUCCAACAGAGAGGGGCUAGGUUGUGGCCGCAUACACCCCACCCCGCCCCGGGAAGCAAGGUCUCGGAAUCCUCCAACCUUUACCCGCAUAGCUUCCUUGGAACAGCCAUACAACAACCUCCAAGUCUCUUCAACUCGACGCCACUCCGCGAGACCCGAUUCUUGACCUAGGCCCGGACUGCAACCCGUGCCGUACAGUGUACAGUACCGACAGGCGGAGCCGAUGCGCUUAGUCUCCAGGCAACCGUCUUCCGGGAGUUGCUGCGAGCUCUUACAGACAUCGCCACCAAACCACAGCCGUCCUCGAUGGGGUCAUGUCUUCUGUCAAGCCGACCCCACGGCCCAUCGGUGCAAGAUUUCAGCCUCUCGCCGCGCCCGAGAGGCCUGGACGGGCCCGCUCGUCGAGGAAUGAAGCUGCCAAUGCCAACAUGAAACAAGUUGCUGACCCCCAGGGAAGCCAGGAAACCGACUGGAUCAAGUGGGACCUUGGUCAGGUUGAUGAGACCCUACACCAACGAGACUUGUUAGGCUUUCUUCAAAGGUCGAGCUCCUUCACGCCACACACAAACACACAUACAUCGUACACACGCCCCCCUCCUUGAUGGAAGCAGGUCCAGCCCUGGAAGUGGACCCCCCUCAAGGCAGGCAGACGGCUCCAACACCAGAAUUGGGCCGCGGUACGGCAAUGACGAGAUCUGACCCGCGUGAUCAAGGCGAACGAAGGAAUCGAGAUAAAGCUUCUGGGGGGGCCAGCACGGAGCGGUUCCUGCCUGUUGCGCCAGACUCGUGGGGCGCGGGGUGGGAAGGAUGCGGGAUGAAGCAAGGGGCAGCCAACGACCGCGACGGCUUCUUUGAGCCGGGUCUAUCCCUGGAGUCCUCUGUUCUCGCUCUAUCCGGUCUUGUGAUGCGAUGAGGCGAUGGUGAUGCCCCCCCUUCCCCUUCCCCCUCUUGCCAAUGUAGGUCCCGAGUCCGAUGGGGGGAGAGAUUGUUAUCGCGGGUACGGCCGUAAAGGGAAAGCCGCGCUCGACAAACCAACGGGUGGCGGGCGGCGCCCCCAACCGUCAAGAGAUGAGAGAUCGUUGUUGUUGUUGUUCUUUGGGGUUGUCCGUUGCCGGACGGGUAUCAUUCACUCCGACGCCCGUCCACACCUAUUCGCUGCUCGACCGUCGUCGUUAUUCGGCCGUGUCCCUGUGAUGGACGGGUACCAUCAGCUCGCCCUCGCCGACGGCGUCGCAACCUCCUGCUGCAAAAGAAACCGCUCUUCAGACGACAUCCAUCGGCCCGCCCUGCGUGUAGGACAUUGGGGAGAGCUCUCUCGCCCGCGGGCGCGCAGCAAGUGCGUCCGUUCGUCAACACGACAUGUCCAUAUCACAAAUGUUUACUUGCAUUCGAACCCCUUUGGCAAUUUAAAUUGGCUUUUCUCUC